CAUUGAUAUCAAUCGUGACUUGUUCAAGCUACACUCCUUUCGUGCGCAUUCAUUCUUUCUACUUUUACAUUCUCUUUAUGCUUUGAUAGCAUCUUUUCCGUUCUUUUCAUCUGAACUUAGUCCACUGUGUCGCUUUUACAUACAUAAAUUUUUUAAUUUUUCAUUACAAACCUACUAAACAACAUAAAAGGUCAUCAUUCUACGAUCAAAAUGUUGUUUCAAUCAAUCACUCUCAUAUUUCUUGCUUCGACUAGCAUAGCUCAGGCUCGCGGUGCGAGGAGACACAUAGAUGUUCACAGGCGCGCCACAGCAACGAGUUCCGAUGAUACUAGUCUUACUCUGGCUCAGGAUGCUAUUUCAAGCGGAUCAUUUAGUGAUGGGCUCCAAGAAAUCGGUGGUAAUGAGGCAUCUGAAGCUGCGUCUGCCACUUCUCGAAACAACUUCAUCAACUUUUGUGCAGGAGACACCCUUACCAACGGCCUUCAGAUUGUAACAGGGUCUUGCAACGGGAUCCGUAAGUAUCUAUCUCAGUCUGAUUGAUCGUCUUCUCAUGUUUUUAGCAAUGGGUCAAAUACCCGCGAAAACCAAAAUGAUGUCGUCAAUUAUCACAUUCCCUUUGGCUGGUAGCGCGACGAUAAAAUCCGAUACAACAUUCAAUAUCACUGUUCAAAUGUCCAACAUCGCUGCAGGUUCCUUCUCCAACGCUGCUUCUACCUAUUUCUCCGCUCCACAGCAGCUUGACGCAUCAGGAGUAAGUUUUCUCAUUCCGAACUACCUAAUGUCCCACUUUCUACGUGGCCGGCCUCACUUUUAAUAUUCUCUAUCUUCCGCAGAGUCCUAUCCCUACUCAAUAAUCACUGAUAUCUGAUGUUGUAUCGUAGGUAGUAAUUGGGCAUACACACGUCACCGUACAAGAUAUGGGUUCCAGUCUCAACCCAACUGGAGCUUUAGAUCCUACUCAAUUCGCGUUCUUCAAGGGUAUCAAUGAUGUUGGGAAUGGCCAGGGACUUCUUUCAGCUACUGUCACCGGUGGUUUGCCGGCUGGAAACUAUCGUGUAUGCACAUUGGCUUCCUCAACUAAUCAUCAGCCUGUAAUCAUGCCUGUUGCCCAACGAGGAACAGCUGACGACUGUACUAAAUUCACCGUCAUCGGAUCUGGUACCACUGCAAAUGCCGCGUCUGACAAUGGUAGGUCCAACCUUUUUUGUCCUUCAUGAAUGAAACGCCAUGCUAACAUUUACCAACGCGCAGGCUCCGGUGGUCAAGCAGCAGCAGCUCUAGCAGCCAGCGCAGUCGCAGCUGGUCCGGACAACACAGAUUCGACUACGAGCUCUUCAUCAACUUCUACGGUCAUAUCUGCUUCAUCUGCUUCAUCUGCUUCUGAGUGUGCACCACAAGCAACAAAAUUCACGACCAUUUUUGCUAAUCCCGGUGUGGCAACGAGCACAUCCUCAGCAAUAGCUUUCGCAAGUAGUACAGCAACCGCCGGUUCCUCUUCUACAGCCUCUUCCACCGCCGCACUAGGCGGUAUAACCGCGCCAGCUGUAACCAACAGUGGAGAUUCAACGCGUCCGUUCUCGGUAAAUGGCAACACGUUUGUAAAUGAAGCUGGGGCUCUACAGAGAAGUUGCGAUAUACAAUUUAACGCAUGUGCAAAUGCAGUCAAUGGUGGAACCGCCGAUGGGUUUGAUCUCAGUGAUUGUCAGACGCAGGAGAAUACCUGUCAAGUUGGGUAGUAAGUAGGUUGAAGUCGGAUGGAAUUGCCAGGGAUCAUGAUUUUAUAUGCAUGAUUACCAUAUGAUGAAGAUGGCGUUACUAGAUGAUAUUAUUUAAAUCGGAUGGAUGAAUUAAUUAUGUUUUGAAUUUGUUUAUGAAGAAGGUAUAGAACAAUUUUGUUAUGUUUUUAAAGUUUUACCCCACAUCUUCCACAUCAAUAAUAUAUCUAUCUCCACACAAUCAAAACAAUAUUCG